AUGAUUUCGAAACCGUGGGUUGAGAAAGCGAAAAGCGCUCGCGACUAUCGAGACGAGACUCUGAGCAAGGUUGAGCCUCCGCUCGGGCCUCUCCCAGAUCCCCUCCCGCUGUCUUCUCAGGACUUGCCAAAGGAGUAUCUGACGCCGCGUGAGUAUGAACUUACCCAGAACUAUGACGCGAUUGAACUCCUCGAGAUGCUGCGCAGCAAGAAGCUCACGUCCGAGGAGCUCACCCGGGCGUUCUUGAGGAGGGCUGCUCUGGCCCAGUAUGCGGUGAACUGCGUGACUGAGUUGAUGUGGGACGAGGCCAUUGAGAGGGCCAAGUAUCUUGAUUCCCUCCCCGAGCCCAUCGGACCCCUUCAUGGGCUGCCCAUCUCGGUCAAAGAACACCAUGGGAUGAAUGGUAAGACCAACCACGCCUCCUACGUGGCUUGGAUUGGCCAGCCGAGUGACCGAAAUCCGCUGAACGAUUACUUGUACGAUGCUGGUUGCGUCUAUUACGUCCGUACCACCGGGCCUCAGACUCUGAUGUCUCUUGAAUGCGACAACAACGUUUAUGGAAGAACCGUCAAUCCCUGGAACCGGAACUUGACAUCGGGUGGUAGCAGUGGCGGAGAAGGUGCCCUUGUGGCGUUCCGCGGCAGCGUUUGGGGACUUGGUGGAGAUAUUGGGGGCAGCGUAAGGGCUCCAGCCAGCAAUUGCGGAGUAUAUGGUUUCAAGCCAACCUCGAAGCGCAUCCCAUUGAAAGGAAUGAAGCAUGUGAUGAACGGAAAAGACUCCGUCCUCGCGACUUUUGGUCCACUAACCCAGAGCCGGGAGACGAUCAAUUUGUUCAUGAAAGUCAUUUUAGACAAUGAGCCGUGGCGAUAUGAUCCAUCUCUGACGGUGAAGAAAUGGACCCCGGAAAAGCUGACCCAGCCUCUCAAGGUUGCCAUUGAAUGGUCUGACGGGGUAGUCAAGCCUCACCCUCCCAUGAUUCGGGCACUGAAAAUGGUUGCCGAUGCAUGCAAAGCUGCAGGGAUGGAGGUCGUGGAUUGGGAACCCUAUAAGCACGACAAGGCCUGGGAUAUCGUCUCGGCGCUGUAUUUUCCAGAUGGCGGCGAACAAAUUCUGGCGCCGUUGAAAGAGAUCGACGAGCCCAUCCUUCCGCUGACCAAGUUCAUCACCGAGGAGCAGCCCAACGUCAAGAGUCUCACCAUGGCCGAAUACUGGGAGCUGUGCGUCGAAAGGGACAACUACCGCGACGAGUAUGCCGCUCACUGGAGCAAAACCGCCGACUCGGGAAAAGAAGUCGAUGUCAUCAUUUGUCCCGCAACACCUGGUGCUGCGCCGUUGCAUGAAACGGCAAGAUAUUGGCCGUACACCAGUCAGUGGAACUUGCUGGACUACCCGGCGGCUAUCUUUCCUGUGACGUUUGUGGAUGUGGAGAAGGACAAGAAGGAGGAAGAUUACGUCCCGAUGAACGAGCAAGACAAGUACAACCACAAUUUAUAUGAGCCAGAGAAAUGGGUUGGGGCACCUGUAAGCUGUUGCAUUGUCGGAAGAAGGAAUAUGGAUGAAAAGGUCAUCGCAGCGCUGGAAGCGGUAGAGAAAGCCAUGGGAAGGAAAUAG